UUUCUCUGCAACAAUAACGGGGCUGAACAUGACCUGUGACAUCACCCGAACUGUUCACUGUUCACCGGAGACCCAAAAGUAACCUUUUUUCUGGUGGAUUUUGCUUCCUCGUAUUAAACGUCAUCCACUUUUCACAGUCUAGGAUUGAGGGUUGGGGAUGGACCGUUUGCCGAGGGAACGGACUCCUAUCCCGUCAUUGAGCUGAUGAGAAGAAAACAAACUGCAAAGAUAAUCUGAGUAACUUUUAAUGUUUCUGGGGUUGUUUCGUGUAUCUUUGUGGUGUUACAAUUGAAUCAAAGAUGUCUGGGACCAAACCACCCCAUGAUGAGUUUCCAGACUCUGAUCCAGAGGAGCUGACAGAGGUGGUGUGUCUGGAGUCAGACCUGCAGGAUGGACAGAUGAAGGAGGUUGAAGUGGGACACCACAGCCUGCUGUUGACUCACAGCGAGGGCAAAUGGAGUGCCAUUGGUAACCAGUGUACACACUACGGCGCUCCGCUCAGCAAAGGGUUUAUUUCAGGCCACACAGUGCGCUGCCCGUGGCACGGCUCCUGUUUCAACGCCCAUACAGGAGAUCUUGAGGAGUUCCCUGGCAUGGACUGUUUACCCUGCCACAAGGUCAAAAUUCAAGACAGCAAAGUGUAUGUGACUAUCAACAAAAAGACUCUCAGGCAGGAAAAAAGAGUAAAGAGGAUGGGUGCUGCAGUGCCAGAAGUUAAUCACACUGUCCUGCUGCUGGGAGGAGGGGCUGCGUCAUUGAUCUGCGCUGAGACUCUGCGGCAGGAAAACUUCGGUGGCAGAAUUAUCAUGGCCAGCCGAGACGAACUUCUCCCUUAUGACAAAACCCGCCUCAGCAAGGUAAUGAAUGUGGAGAGUGAGAGUAUUCUGCUGAGGAGGAUGGAGUUUUACCAUCAGUACGACAUUGAGGUGUGGCUCAGGAAAGAAGCGCUGUCACUGGACACAGACAAGAAGACCGUCACAUUUGAUGACGGUUCAGUCCAGAGCUAUGACCAGCUCCUCAUCUCAACAGGAUGCAGAGCAAAGGGUCUGGAUUUGCCCGGCAUGAAGUUGGACAACGUCAAGAUGUUGGAGACACCAGAGGACGCCCGCCAAAUCCAUGCAGCCUGUCUGGGCUGCAACGUCGUCCUCGUGGGAACCUCUUUCGUUGGCAUGGAAAUCGCAUCUUAUUUGCUAGACAAAGCCUCCAGCAUCACAGUGAUCGGCAGCAGCGAGCUGCCGUACCAGAACACGCUGGGCCGUGAAGUUGGCAGAUACACAAUGAAGAUGCUUUCAGAGAAAAAUGUGAAAUUCUACAUGAAUGAUAAUGUGACAGAGGUCAAAGGUGUGGAUGGCAAGGUGAAGGAGGUUGUGCUUAAAAGUGGAAAGGUUAUCCCCGCUGAUGUUUUGAUUGUUGGUAUUGGCAUCAAACCUAACUCAGAGUUUCUGCAGGGCAGCAAAAUACAGAUGGACUCAAAAAACUUUGUAACAGUCAACAAGUACAUGUGCACCAAUGUCCCUGGUGUGUUCUGUGGGGGCGACCUGGCCACCUUCCCCCUGGCGAUGGCCAAAAACCAGCUGGUCAACAUCGGACACUGGCAGAUGGCACAAGCACAUGGGAGGAUAGUAGCUCUGAACAUGCUGGACAAACCGACUGAACUCAACUCAGUUCCUUUCUACUGGACUGUCCUAUUGGGUACGACCAUCCGAUAUGCAGGCUAUGGAGAGGGAUACACUGACAUUGUAAUGAAAGGGAAGUUUGAGGACAGCAAGUUCCUGGCUUUCUACAUGAAGAAUGAUGAGGUCAUAGCAGCAGCUAGCCUAGACUACGACCCAGCAGUGUCUGCAGUAGCUGAGAGGUUAGCAACAGGAAAAGUCAUCACGAGGAAAGAGGCUGAAUCAGAUGACCUGAGCUGGUUGCAAUUGUCCUGAUCUACACUUUCCUCCACUCAUACGCUCAACACAUCAUCUGUACAGUGUCGAAGUGCAGCCAGCACGUCAUUCAUCCGUCUCGCCGUCACCACCGCUCUCACCAAGGACAAAGAGUUUGGAGACCUGGAUUAAAAUGUUUGAUUCAGAAGAGACAGACUUCACUGAUGGCGCAAUCCACAGUGAAGUUUGCAUUUACAGUGUUGAAGGAUUCAAACUGUGCGUCAAACAGUCAGUGCUCGUGUGAGGGGGGACUCCACCAUGCAAACAACAGAUACCUCAGAGGAUGACUUCUUUUUUAAUCUUAAUAUUGUUUAUUAUUUAAUUCGAUUUUUUUUAAUGGCUUAAUGUCUCUAGGGGUAUUCCAGUAACGGUCUAGAGACGUCACAUUUAAGAUGCCUCAGUAUGUUAUCUGCUGUUAAUAUUUUAAAAAUUCCCCCUGCUGCUGUGUACGUGGUCCGGUCAGUGAGUCGGAGGGGGGGAUUAUGAGAACAGAGGGGUAGCGUUCAGCUCUUUGAAGCAGAGGUGCUGAAAUAAGCAACGGUAACAAAACACACCGACAGGGAACAAUAGGCCUUUCGACAAACAGCACACAAAGGCAGCGUGGCAAAACCUUCACAAAAGAAAUGCUGUGUUUUCCUCUCGCUCUCCCCUCUGACUCUCUGCCAGUUUAUCACUGUCUUUACCUCACACCUCUCUUCCAACCUCCACAUUUACUCCUCGCUUCACUCUCAGCGCCCUUCCUGUCAACAACACGCCUCAGUUCCCUGCACCCAGGGUUCAACUGGUGCAGACUUUUCAAGGCCAGUACCAGUUAUGAUAUUUUAGCUUUUAAGGUGCCGGUGGCUUAUAUUUUGUACUGAUGUUGUAUCUAAAAGAUUUGGCCAAAUACGAUGAGAGUUCUUUUUUUGCAUAGGGAAAGUUGAACAGUCUUUAGAUCAUGGUCAGCAUUUAAAUUCAAAAUGCUUUACACCCAUCUUUCAUAAAAGGGGUGGGUGAUAGUGAUAACAUCUUCUACCACAAUGUAUAUUUUGGAUAAUCAAUUGAGAACUUCAACAAAAAGUUACAUUAAAAACAAUAUUUAUGUAGAUCCAGAUAAUAACAAUACUUAUAUAUCAUCACACAUCUUGAUUUAAUUUUUAAGGACACAGAUAAUUAAAGAUAGCCUUCCACUGUUGAGGCUAAUUGUAAAAUAAUUUCCAUCUUUCUGCUCAUCUGGCAGAAGGUAAAACAGACUGCCGUGAUAUUCCUGCAACCUCACAUCUCUGAAAGAACUGAAUUUACAGCAUUAUACUGUCAAGUGACAGCUUCAAAUUUAAAUCUAUCUACUCUGAAUCGUUACAGUAAGUAAUUUAGUAUUUUGUGAAUUCUCGAGGGAAAAAAAUAUAUAGCUUUGUUCUUCUAAGGAUUUUUAAGUGGAAGGCUCUUUAAAGAUCAAGAAGAAAAGUUACAAUGCUGAAUAUCAGUCCUCUUGUUAGUAACAGCUUUGUUAUCAAUGCAAAGUGAACCCUGGUGCCCAGGGAGAAAUGACAGGGAUGUACCUGUCAUUUAAACUUUUUGUCUUGUGUUUCACUUUGUUCCUGCAAUAAAAAAACUCAAGCACAA